CAGGUGUCAGUAGGUGGGGUUUGCUCAAAGAUAAACCACGUAUCUUCUCUGUUACCAGCCCUGGUCGCCUUAGGCGUUUGCAGGCUUUAUUUAAGAGACGAAGCCUCCCCGCUCUCACCUGCAGCUCCAUCGACCCUUCCUCUCUCAAGCCAUUGAGUCCAAACACUGUGACAAUGCCUCCUCCUGGUGUGUGCCUGAACAUCAUGGAGGCUCGCCACAAGCGAGAUGGUUAUGGGAGCAUGACCAACCCAGAGAAGUACCUAAACCAAGAUUACCAGCAGUUGAAACAGUACUGCAUUAUCAAAGGAGUAAGGUACAUAGACGAGAAGUUCCCCCCUGACAAGAUCUCCAUUGGUGAUGGAAUACUGAAACCUUCUGACCUGAACCGUGUAGUGUGGCUGAGGCCAGCUAAAAUUGCUCCUAAGCCAUCUUUUGUUCUUGAUGGGAUCUCCAGGUUUGAUUUUGGUCAAGGAAUACUUGGAAACUGCUGGUUUCUAGCAUCUAUCGGAGCUCUUACUUUCCAGAGUGAGGUCCUUGGACAAGUUGUUCCCCUAGAGCAAACAUUUGAUGAGAACUACUGUGGGUUGUUCCACUUCAGGUUCUGGAGAUUUGGAAAGUGGGUGGAUGUUGUCAUUGAUGACAAGCUACCAACAAUCAACGGGAGAUUAAUAUUCGUUCACUCCAAAGACCCGGCUGAGUUCUGGCCCGCUUUGCUGGAGAAAGCCUAUGCCAAAGUGUGCGGUUCCUACUCGGACAUGAAUGCUGGAACUCCUUCAGAGGCCUUGGUGGACUUCACUGGUGGUGUUCACAUUUGUGUCCAGCUGUCAGACCCUCCUCAAAACCUGUGGGAGCUGAUGUGCAGAGCUGGCCAGUCCAAGUCCCUGAUGGGCUGUGGUACACCACAGGGGGAGACAUCUGCUAACACUGUAUUGCCAAACGGACUGGUCCAGGGCCACGCUUACACUGUUACAGGCGUGAAGGAGAUAGUGAGCCAAGGGCAACUGGUAAAGCUGGUGCGUUUGUGGAACCCCUGGGGAAAAGGAGAGUGGAGAGGAGACUGGAGUGAUUGGUCGCCUCUAUGGAAAACUGUGAGUGCUCAAGAUCGUGAAAUGUGCCUGUCAGUGGCUGAUGACGGAGAGUUUUGGAUGACCCUGAAAGACUUCUGUCAGUUCUACUCGGAUCUCGACAUCUGCUGCCUGUGUCCCGACUUCCUUGAUGGAAGCUCUUCUUGCCACUGGAAGACCUCCUUCUAUGAGGGCAGAUGGGUUGCAGGAACUACGGCUGGAGGAUGCAUGAAUAAUAGAGACAGUUUCUGGACUAAUCCACAGUAUCGGGUCAAGAUUGACGGUGGAUAUUCUGAGAAAACAGGUGCAAAAAACAUGCUCCUCACUCUCAUGCAAAAGCCUGACAAGAGAAACAGACGGCUGGUCCAAAAUCUUCACAUUGGAUUUUCUGUAUUUGAGGUGACCGAACAAUACAAGACACUGAGGGGAAAAUUCCCAGCAUCUUUCUUCAGCAGCCACGCACCUGUCGCCCAGACUAAAACCUAUAUGAAUGCCCGUGAAGUCAUGGAGUUCCUUUUGCUCAAGCCUGGUGAAUACCUGAUUGUGCCAUCCACCUUCAAUCCCAAUGAGACAGCCUCCUUCCUCCUGACCAUCCUCUCCAAAGAGAACACCUAUGGCUAUGAAAACUCCACUGACCAUAAUCAGGAGCCAGUUGAAAAGUCUUCUACUUCCAUCCCCAAGCCUCAAAAGGUCAAAAAUGGCCAGGAUGAUGAGGAAAAGAAAACCUUUUUCCGUCAGUACUCCGACAAGUAUGAAGAAGUGGAUGCUGAGCAGCUCCAGAGCCUUCUAAAUGACAGAAUCCUGAAAGGAGAACUAAAAUCAGGAGGCUUCAGCAUUGAUGCCUGUCGCAGCAUGGUUGCUCUGAUGGAUACAUCCAUUACAGGCAAACUGAACACCGAGGAGUUUGUUCGCUUGUGGAAUAAGGUCAUCACAUACAGGGAAGUUUUCUUCCGCACUGAUGUUUCACAGACAGGAACACUGUCACUGAGUGAGCUGAGGAAUGCAUUUGCAGCUUCAGGAAUGAGGAUCAGUGAUGACAUGCUCAACUUGAUGGCUCUGCGCUACAGUAAAUCCUCUGGACACGUGACGCUGGAGAGCUUCAUCAGCCUCAUCCUUCGCCUGGACUGCAUGCACAAAAUUUUCAAACAACUGUCUGAUGGAAAAAGCAUGAAUCUUCGCGAGUCAGAGUGGAUUUACAUUUCAAUGUAUACUUAACCUAACAAGGACGACGGACUGCACAAGUCAUCUGGAUAUACCAUAUUAAAUACUGAGGCAAUCUUUUCAUUUCACAAACUGCAUAGUAAAUAAAAAAAUAAUUCUUCUGCAAACAAGCCAUAUAACACAGAUAACACAGAGAACAGAUAACAUAAAAAGAUGCCCAACCAGCUUUGUAGACUUUAUGUUAGAGUGGAUAUAGACCCAUAUCACAUCUCAAAAUGAUUGAUUUUUUUGUAUUGUUUGAACAACAAAAAAACAUGUAAACCAUUUUCUGCAGUUACAAUAAAAUACAAUCAAAAUAAG